AUGACUGAAACAAACAAAUCUUCAACUCAAUAUAACAAGGAAUUCUACUCACUAAGCGCGACAGAUGAGUUAGGAAAAGAAAAAAGCUUCGAGUCUCUACGAGGAAAAGUGGUGGUGAUUGUCAAUGUGGCCUCACUAUGUGGAUUCACACCUCAAUACAAAGACCUAGAAUAUUUACAUCAAAAAUACCAUGGUCAAGGCUUGGAAAUUUUGGCAUUUCCAUGCAACCAAUUUGGUGGCCAGGAGCCGUCGAAUCACACGUCAAUUCAAAAGUUUGUACGGACAAACUUCAAUGUCACGUUUCCAAUUCUCCAAAAAGUGGAGGUCAAUGGUAAUAGUGCCCACCAGGUGUAUUCGUACCUCAAAGAGCAAAAGCAUGGAGCUUUAGGGUUCAAAGGAGUCCGGUGGAACUUUGAAAAGUUUGUAGUUGAUAGAAGGGGGAAUGUGGUUGCUCGCAUUCUCUCUGGUACUACUCCAGACCAGAUGGAGCCACUAAUAUCGCAAUUAUUGGAACUCAAAAUAGAAUAG